CCUACCUCAAAGGGCUGCAGUGAGCUUUCUUCACCACAUUUCAUGCAUCACCCACCCCUUCCUUCGUUUUCUCUCUGUCUCCUCUCACACACACACAUACUGUUACACAGUUCAAAAGUACCUUAAAUUACACAAGUGAGUCUCUUUACAGUGAUCAUGUUUUGGCACCACUAACUUCCUUCUGCUCACAACUUUGGAAACCAGCAAUGCUGCGAGCGGUCUGCUAGCUUCCUGUCACCCCAGACAAUGCACACAGUUUACAGUCAAAUAAGAUAAAGGCAGUACAUACUUCCUGUUUCAUCUGCAGCAUCCUGAAUGUACAUUUCCAAUGGAUCUCCUUCUGAUGAAAACUUCACAACUGCUUUAAAGUAAAGUAAAGUAAGAGUUUGACUGCAAGAUUCUGCCUGAAACUGUGACAACAAGCCAGUGGGACCUUUCUACUCAACAGAGACUUUUCUAAAGCGGCAUGGCUGGCGACUCAUCCUCCACUCAGACUGUGGUGAUCCUUUUUGUCUGCCUAAUAGUCUUAAUUGCAUUGUUGAUCUUCUUGUACAAGAAGUUGAACAGGGAGUCCAAUGGAGAAUAUACUGUGCGCCGCUUGGUGUAUAAAGAAGGAGGGAUCAGGGACCGGGUGAGAGGUACAGCUUUAGCUCUAGGGACACGUUUUGGAGUCCAGCUGUGGCCUCAAAGUGAUACCGGGGAGGAUGAAGAGGAAAUGCAGGAAGUCGGAUUUCAGGAUGGACAGUCGGACGAGGGUGGUAGCCAGGAGAGUUACAGCGAGGGAGAUGACCAGGAGGAGGAGGAAGAAGAGGAGGACGAUGUGGAGAAGUGUGGAAAAGGAGGUGACACUUCAGAUGAUAACUCAAAUUUGGAGGGUUCAGAGGCAGGGGAGCAAGCCAGGCAAACAGAUCAGGAAGAGGCAAAGGGAGACACAGAGGAGAAAGUGGGAGAUGAGGAAGGUAAAGGUGAAGCAAGUGGAAGGGCUGCACUGUUGAUAGAUCUAAAGCCUUUCUCUGGUAGUGCCAUCUGGUCGGAGGAAGAGGGAGGUGAGGGCAAGGACAGUGAUUUAACUGCACUGUGAGAACAGAAUUUAAAAAGAAACAUUAAAUACAAAGGAGGCUUAAGAAAUGGUCUUAAUCAGUACUGAGGUCAUGAGUCCAAAUUCCCUAAUUAGCUGUUAAAAUAUAUUUUGUUCUGCAAAUUUUAUUUCCCAACAUAAAUGUGUAAAUGCUGUUCCACACUGUGUUGUCCUAAAAGUACUGAAGCCACCCUAUAAAACAAACAAUUUUCCAUUUGCAGGUUGCUAAAACCUCAUCAAUUCUCACUAAAAAAACAUUUGUCCUCAAUGGUAGCUAUGACUCUGGUCUUAAUUCCACUUCCUGUUUAAAAGGUGAUUGAUGAAUGAAGUCGUUGUAAAUAUGCAGGAGUACACUGGAUUGAAUUGUGAAUGUUUGUGUAACAGUUUUCCUUACCUGAAGUAAAACCAUAUGAGUAAAAUUGUUCAAAUGAAACGCUGUAUUACUGUGUCAGCGUAUUGCGUGCUGUAUAUUGUGGACUGUGGCAUAUGUUUUUUUUUACUGCUUAACAGAUAAACAAGAUAGAUUUGACUGUUUUUGUAUUGUUCUUAAUGUCAAAACCAUUAGUCGAUUGAAUGAUUGAGCGAGCCCCAGAAAAGUUAAGUAAUUUUUAAGCAAAGAAAACAAAAUUUAAAAAGGUUCCAGCUUCUCAAAUGUGAACUGAUGAUGAGUCAAACUUUCCAUGAAGUUACAUUGUUAUACUGUUAGUUAGCCUACCUUAUUGCGUAAUGUUUAGUAAAAGUAGAUCAGUAGUAAUCAUUAUGUUGAAUGUACUGCAAAACUAUGACAUUAAGCUCUAUAUAGCUGUUAAAUGAUGUAAUUUUGAUACCAUGAAAUGAAACUACAAUAAGGUUUCUAACUCAAAAUCAUUGACAUAGGCUACAUGUUUAAUGAAUGUAUUGUAUUGAAAGGCAGUUCCUGAACGGUUUUGUUUUUUGAGAUGUUGUAACUGUAACAACAUUA